AUGAGAUUCGCCGUCAUCCUCGUAGCUGCGGCGGCUUCCUUUGCCAACACCGCUUUCGCAUUCGCAAAUGCCAACCCGAUCGAUGUUGCAGCACUCGAGAAGAGGGGCGAUCUCGACGAAUCGACCGACUAUCUCCCUGCCGCCAAAAGACACGUGGUCAAUGUAGCUGAUUUUGAAAAGCGUGCUCCUGGUGAUGAAACAACUGGCAACUUGCCCUACGUCAAGAGGCGCGUCAGCAAUGUGGAAGAGCCUGCAAAAAGACACGCAGUCAAUGUAGCUGAUUUCGAAAAGCGUGCUCCUGGUGAUGAAACCACCGGGUUCUUGCCGUACGUCAAGCGACGAGUCACCAACGCAGAACAGCCAAAAGUGGCGAGCAUCAACAAAGGGGAACUGGGCAGAGAAGACGAUCCAGAAGUUUCGUAUCCGUACAAUCUUACAAACCUGGUCCUUGAUGUAGUUGAGCCGUCGGCAUGA